UCUUUAAGUGGGAGGCCGUCCGAUUUGAAGUGGACAAAUUAUCCCGGGAGGACCACUUUGACUGCCAGCGUGCAGCCCAGACAUGCUUGCAGUAUCUGUUGAUGGAAACCGCAAGCACUACCGAUUCAAGAGUGCAGCAAGAUCGGAGGAACAAGCCAUCUUUGAUGGCGUGUUUAUCGCGAAUGAUGAUGACGUCGGAAGAUUCGUGGACUAUGUCCAUACCUCAACCAGUCAUGUCUCUGGAAGAGGUGUCUGUGGAGGGCAGUGGUCAGCGGCGCGCGAAACGUCUCAGAAGUCCUCAGGCAAAACAAACGAGGAGGGCCUGGAACUUGCUGUAUGCCGUCAUGGGGUUCUCCUUCGUGCCCUCAAUAUGUUCAGGGGGGAGAUUUUUGCCUACCUCCUGUACCUCCAAAAGCAAAUGGCCUGUAAGCCAGUGACAUUUUUCGCUAUGGAUGUGGCGUGCAAGUACUGGCCUUACCUCCGGAGAGUGACAGAGAAAUGCCCUGAGCUUCAGCAUCUCCUCACCAUGAGGCCGUUUCUUUCUGUUUUUCAUGCCAAAGCUCAUGAUUUCAAAUGUGAGGUAAAAUGGAGUGGAGCGUAUCAGGAAGGGGCUGGUUCGACUCUUGGGGUUGCAAUGCCUUCCUCUCGAGGACUGCUGUUACCACCAAGCACAUGUCAAAAGCAGGACGCAUAG